AUGGCAAACGUAACGCCUCGCAAAGCGCGCCGAGGCCAUCAGAAUCCAUCCGCACAAACUCAUCCUGUCGCGAUACAAACCUCAGAUUAUGACUCGGAGGCGUUCUUCGAAUCCAAUGUUCCCAGCCGCUCCAACACAGAGCUCAACCUCUCCGUCCUCCGUCGCUAUCGGCCCUCGAUCCAAACCAUACUUUCCAUCGCCCCGUCUGCGCAAAUCUAUACCUACUCUCCCUCUACCACGUCCUGGCUCAAAACGGACACGGAAGGCACUCUCUUCGUUUGCCAGCUGUCGCCGGCAAGCGCAGGGGCUGCUGCGAACUACUGUAUUGUAGUGCUCAAUAGAAGAGGACUGGAAAACUUGAUGUUGGAUCUGAGCACGGUCGAAAAUGUGGAAAUCACGGACGAGUUUCUCAUGGUUGGUGUGAAGGGAGACGGAGAGGAAGGUAUGAAGAUGUUGGGGUUUUUUAUUCACGCGGAUAAGUCAGAUACCAGGGAGGUCAACUGCAGACUCAUACGGGAGAAAUGGGAAGAAGUCAAUGCUAAGGAUACUGGAGAGAACAUGCAAAGCUCGGAAAGAAAUGGGCGGAGGUUGAGUUUAAGUGAUCUGUUUGGUGGACAGAUUAUACGAGGGUGA